GGCUAGCGGCUGCUCGGUCGUCGUUAUGUGGCUGUUCACUUUGCUUUAGCGUUGGUUAGAAUAACCUACAUGUUUACACGUUGCUCUAAAUUGUCAAUCUUUACUUAUAUAUAUAUCUGUAUUAGAUUACACAUAUACGUGGGAUAUAUACCUGCACCGUAGCAACUGCGCACUAUUUCCCACACUACAGUUUCAAUCAGGAGCAACUGUAGCUGCCGUGAGGUAUCCAUGGGGACCAGGAGGGUGCUUGUGACAGGCUGUUCCUCUGGGAUCGGGAUGGCUGUGGCUGUACGACUGGCCAAGGAGAAGGGAUUCAAAGUGGUUGCCACCAUGAGGGACCUAGAGAAGCGGGAACCCCUGGAGAGAGUGGCUGGGGACACCCUGAACAGAUCCCUGGAGAUCAGACAGCUGGAUGCCUGCUGUGAAGACUCCAUCAGAGAGUGUGUGGACAGCCUGCAAGACAGACAGGUGGAUGUACUCGUGAGUAAUGCAGGUGUAGGCAUGAUUGGGCCGUUGGAGUGUCAAAGUAUGUCUGACAUGCAGGGGCUCUUCGACACCAACUUCUUUGGCUUGGUGCGGCUGGUGAAGGAGGUCCUGCCUGAUAUGAAGCGACGUCGAAGCGGACAUAUUGUGGUGAUGAGCAGCAUCAUGGGCAUUCAGGGGCUACUCUUCAAUGAUGUCUACUCUGCUUCAAAGUUUGCUGUGGAGGGGUUCUGUGAGAGUCUAGCAGUACAAGCCAUGAAGUUCAGUGUGAAGAUGACUCUAGUGGAGCCUGGUCCGGUGGGGACAGAGUUUGAGAGGAAGGUGUACGAGGACGCUGAGAAGAUGGACCUCGCGGGGGUAGACGAGGAGACUGCUAGGAUCUUCCGUGAGAUCUACCUGCCCUACUCUAGGAAGGUGUUCAACUCUCUCGCACAGACACCCGAGGAAAUAGCAGAGCAAACACUUCAACUGAUCACAGCGAAGGAGCCUCCGUUUCGCCACCAGACCAACCGUGUGUACAUGCCCAUGACUGCCCUGAAGCACGCAGACCCUACCGGUCGUCUACCCCUGGACACCUUUUAUAAGCUGCUAUUCAAGCACGACAGUCUAUUCACUGCCAGUCUGGGGCUGCUGCGCAUGUUGCAGAAGAGGGCAGGGAAGAGCUCCAAAUGAGCAGAAGGUUGGAGAGUGAAUAACCUAGUGAGGAGAGAUAGGGGGAUAGAGAGAGCAGAAGGUUGGAGAGACAGAGUGAAUAACCUGGUGAGGAGAGAUAGGGGGAUAGAGAGAGCAGAAGGAGUGAGUCAUUGAAAGACUCCAGUCUGCAGUGCACAAGCCCCCUUUUUUUUUCUGCUAGUCAUGUUUGUGUAUAGAAACAAGAAAAGAUUACUGUUGAGACCUUCCUGAUAGAUCCUUAGUAAAAGAUGCACGCCUCAGACCAACACGAUUCCUUAUGAACAUUCUCUAACCACUCCUUAAACUAUCAAUGACUGUGCUCAACAAAGACUUUGACAAGGACUGAUGUUUGUGGGCCUCUAAUCAAACCCGGUAACCUAGCCGUAUGGACUAAGGGUUCAGUGUGUCUCAGACCAAUCUGGACUCCUGCAACUGUUCCUUCAGCUGUUAGAGGAUAUUAGUGCGUUUCUACCUUAUUUCAACACUGUAAUGAAGGUUUACGGUAAGACUGGCAACACUUCAAUAAAACGAGACAAAGCUUU